GACUCGCUCCAGGGCUUCUUCACCGUAGUUUGGGUCUAAUUCUGUCCGAAAUGUGUCGGGAUGGUUAUAAAGCCGUCAAGUUGGCUGGGGCUGAUUGGUUGGUGUUUCGCGUAUUUGGCGCAGAGGUUGACUACCCGUCCCGUAUGCAGCGAGCGAUUGGAAGCCGGGAUGAUGUGGGUUAUCGGAGAAUGAAGUGCAUGCGAGGUCUGUAAUGAUUCGAGCUGUGUCG